AUGACAAUAUUGCAAGUUGAGCAGCAAGUUUUACGGUUUCAAAAAACAAUUAGUACAACAAUUAGCAAAAAAACCUACAAGACAAUCAACAAGACAAUUAACGAGACAACUAGCCAGGCAAUUAGCAAGACAAUCAGUAACACAAUCAGCGAGACAAUCAGCAAGGCAACUAGCAAGACAAUUAGCGAGACCAUCAUCGAAACAAUGAGCGAGAUAAUGAGCGAGACAAACAGCAAGACAAUGAGCGAGAUGAUAAGCGAGACAGUUAGCAGGAUAAUCAGAAGAACAAUUAGCAAGACAACUAGAAAGACCAUCAUCGAAACAAUGAUUGAGAUGAUGAGCGAGACAAUUAGCAAGACCAUCAUCGAAACAAUGAGCGAGAUAAUGAGCAAGACAAUUAGCAAGACAAUCAGCAAAAUAAUUAGAGAUGAUAAACCUUUGUGA